AAGUGUGCAUGGUUUGAGGAGUUAGAAAUUGGAAAUCUAUUAUAUAAAACGUAUAAACUAUAAUGGGUGAUCUGCAAAUCGUGCCGGCAUACAACAAGGUGGAAGCCCAGUACGUAGAAAUGAUGGUGCCUUUGUAUUCUUACGGUUGCGAGAACAAAAUCAAGAAGGCGCUUUCUAAUCUCAAAGGAAUAUAUUCAGUGAAAGUAGACUACUACAAACAGAAGGUGACGGUUUGGGGGAUUUGCAACAAGCUUGAUGUGUUAGCGAUGGUGAAAAAGAAGCGUAAAGAAGCUCGGUUUUGGAAUGCAGAGGAGAAUAAUCAAGAGAUAAACGUUGAUGAUUCCAUCGUCGUGAAAGAAGAAGACACUACUAAAACUUCAUCCGAUUCAGAGAAAUCAUCGGCGUUUUACACAUAUUCUUCGUCGCCCCCAAGAUUCGUGAUGAGACCUCCUUUGUCACUCAUUAGAACCUCUUCCUUCACAUGGAAAGCUGUGAAGAAGGUCUUCUCUAGAUCCCUUUCCUUGUGAAUCACGUUUUUAUAUGACGCUAGAAGAAAAUCACGUUACUCUCAUGGGAUCUCAUCAUUUCAAUG